CCAGUUAGAGUAGUUUUUAAUUUUUGUUUGCUUUCUCUUCACAAAAGAAGCGCCAACGAAUUUGGAUCCAAUUCCUCUGCAUCGUAUCUUCAUCUAAUCAACAUCUCCCACACUUAGCUUAUAUUUGAAAGGCCACCAACUCUUCUCUUCUCCUCUCCUUCCUUUCAUUCUUUUGCAGUUAGGUGAGCUUUUCAGAAGCUCCGACUUGACCCAUUCAGGAUUCUAAUUGGUACUAUAGGCAUGGAUCGGAUUGCAAUGGGGGCACGUCUCAUGAUAGUAUCUGAUCUUGAUCAUACAAUGGUUGAUCACCAUGAUGCUGAGAACAUGUCUUUGCUUAGGUUUAAUGCGCUGUGGGAGUCAAAUUAUCGUCAUGACUCCCUUCUGGUUUUCUCCACUGGGAGGUCGCCCGCACUUUACAAACAGUUGAGGAAAGAGAAACCCAUGUUGACUCCCGAUAUAACUAUUAUGUCAGUGGGAACUGAGAUAACAUAUGGCAACUCAAUGGUGCCGGAUGAUGGUUGGGUUGAAGUUCUGAAUCAGAAAUGGGAUAGGAACAUUGUCACUGAUGAAACAAGCAAGUUUUCUGAGCUCACUCUUCAGGCAGAAACGGAGCAGCGACCACACAAGGUCAGCUUUUAUGUUGAUAGGACUAAGGCCCAGACAGUGAUGAAGGAACUUUCAGAAUGUUUGCAAAAGCGAGGGCUGGACAUUAAAAUAAUUUAUAGUGGAGGAAUGGAUUUGGAUAUAUUACCACAAGGUGCAGGCAAAGGGCAGGCUCUUGCAUAUUUACUAAAGAAGUUUAAGGCUGAGGGAAAACCACCUGGUAAUACUCUUGUAUGUGGUGAUUCGGGAAAUGAUGCUGAACUCUUCAGCAUUCCAGAAGUGUAUGGAGUCAUGGUUAGCAAUGCCCAAGAAGAAUUGUUGCAAUGGCAUGCUGAAAAUGCAAGAGGUAACCCUAAUAUAAUCCAUGCAAAAGAAAGGUGUGCUGCUGGGAUCAUAGAAGCCAUUGGACAUUUUAACCUCGGUCCAAACACUUCUCCAAGAGAUGUUGCUGAUUUUAUGGAAUGUAAGCUGGAAAAUGUCAAUCCUGGUCAUGAAGUAGUGAAAUUUUACUUGUUCUAUGAGAGAUGGAGGCGAGGGGAGAUUGACAACUGUGAGGCAUAUAUAACAAGUCUAAAAGCUUCUUGUGAUCCAACUGCUGUAUUUGUCUUUCCGUCUGGAGUUGAGAGAACUCUUCAUGAAUGCAUACACAGAAUGAGAGGUUGCCAUGGAGACCAAAAGGGUAAACAGUUCCGGGUCUGGGUGGAUAGUGUAUUAUCGACACCUACUGGCUCAAGCACCUGGGAAGUGAAGUUUGAUAAGUGGGAGUUAUCCGGUGACGAGCAGUAUUGUUGUGUGACCACAGUUAAACUAAAUGCGAAGGGGUCCAGUGCUUCGGCCGGGUAUACUUGGGUGAAUGUGCAGCAGAAGUGGUUAGAAGGAUUUGAAAAGAAGGAUGACUCAACCUGGUUGUUCUAAUAUUCUGCAACAUCUUGACUCCAGAGUCAGUAUGAAGUUGUAUUGAAAUAAAUGUAUUCAAAUUUUACUGGUCUUUUUUUAUACACCAAUGGAGAUGGCACUAUGAUGAGAUAAACUGAGAUACCAGGGCUUCUAUAUCUUCUUGGAUAUCUAUUGUUUUCUUAGUAUGAUACUAUCCAUGUUCUUGCAGUUUAUAGUAAAUGAUUAUAUGAAUUUAGUUUCCGUUUUAAA